UUAAGUGCAACUCUUAGAAUUCUCCACAUCAGAAGAUCUGGCCUUGAGAAGUGCCCUAGGUUCUUCUUGCCAUGCAGUUACUCAAUGUCACUCACCCUGCUUCCUUCCUCCUGACUGGUAUCCCUGGUCUAGAGAGCUUUCAGUCGUGGCUAGUAGGGCCCCUCUGUGUGAUGUAUGCUAUGGCCCUUGGGGGAAAUACAGUAAUUCUGCAGGCUGUGCGAGUGGAGCCUAGACUUCACAAACCCAUGUACUAUUUCCUAUCCAUGUUGUCCUUCAGUGAUGUGGCCAUGUCUAUGGCCACACUGCCCACUGUACUCAGAACCUUCUGUCUCAAUGCCCGCAACAUUGCUUUUGAUGCCUGCCUAAUCCAGAUGUUUCUCAUUCACUCCUUUUCCAUGAUGGAGUCAGGUAUUCUGUUGGCCAUGAGUUUUGACCGCUUUGUGGCCAUUUGUGAUCCCUUGCAUUAUGCCACUGUGCUCACCAAUGAAGUCAUUGCUGGGAUGGGUUUAGCUGUCAUUGCUCGGAGUUUCAUCACCCUUUUCCCACUUCCCUUCCUUAUUAAGAGGCUGCCUAUCUGCGGAUCCAAUGUUCUUUCCCACUCCUAUUGCCUACACCCUGACAUGAUGAAGCUUGCCUGUGCUGAUAUCACUAUCAACAGCAUCUAUGGACUCUUUGUUCUCGUAUCCACUUUUGGCAUGGACCUGUUUUUUAUCUUCCUCUCCUAUGUGCUCAUUCUGCACUCUGUCAUGGCCAUUGCUUCCCGUGAGGAACGCCUCAAAGCUCUCAACACAUGUGUGUCACAUAUUCUGGCUGUACUUGCAUUUUAUGUGCCAAUGAUUGGGGUUUCCACAGUGCACCGCUUUGGGAAACACACCCCACGUUAUAUACAUGUCCUCAUGUCUAACGUCUACCUCUUUGUGCCUCCUGUGCUCAAUCCUCUCAUUUACAGUGCCAAGACAAAGGAUAUCCGUCGAGCCAUUUUCCACAUGUUUAGACGCAUGAAAAAGUGACUUUUACAUUUGACUUUAGUGUCUGAUGUUUAAUGUGGCCACGGGCAC